AACAAACACCCAAGUUUUCAUCCACUUUCUUUUUGGUCUUAAAACUUGAUUUUUUUCCAAAAUGGGCUUCACAUUUGCUCAUCAAAGACUUGUUUUGGUGCUUGUUGCUGCUUCCAUGGUGGGAGUAAGCUUAGCAAACAAGGAAUGGGGGAGCUUGGGUUCCCAUUCUCAUCCUCAUCAUCCCCACAACCAUACCAAUGGCCCCAAAAGAAUCAUUGUUGGGGGAUCCCAAAACUGGCAUUUUGGUGUCAACUACACUGAUUGGUCACUCAAAAAUGGUCCCUUCUACAUCAAUGAUACUCUAGUAUUCAAAUAUGAUCCACCAAGCAACACCACAUUUCCUCACAACGUAUACUUGCUACCCCACUUAAAGAGCUUCCUCAACUGCAACUUAAGAAAAGCUAAGAUGAUUGCCAACCCAACUCAGGGAAGUGGUAAUGGGUUCGAGUUCGUGUUGAAAAAGUGGAAGUCCUACUAUUUUGCUUGCGGUGAACGUAAUGGUUUCCAUUGCAAGGUUGGCCUCAUGAAAUUCGCCGUAGUAUCGCCGCUCCGUCGCCGCCAUUGAUGGAUCACUUAAGCCUUCAGGGAAGAUGCAAUGCCUGUGUUUUCUUUCACGCCAUUUUUGUUCACGACAACGUGUUGAAUGUUGAGCCUCUGUUUUUUUAAUAUUGUCCAAUAAGUUAGAGGUUUGGGAUCUUAAGGUGCAAUUCUGGCCAUGUUAUUUUGUCUUUUUGCAGUAAUUUGUGAUUUCUUUUUUACAAA